ACAAACAAAAUAUUAACACAAACGUGUUCGAAGGAUUCGAAUUUGUGAAUGGUAAAAACGGAAAAAAAUGUAAUCUAUCCAACAAUCCUAAGAAAGUGUAACGUCAAAAUGAACUUGAAUACUUUUGAUGCUCUGCAACAGAAAUAUGAAUUUGUUUUACAAAACUUUCACCGGUUGUGCCGGAUUUGUGCUGAUACAAAAAGUCUUAUAAACAUCCUUGUGGUUGAUGAGACCGCUGAUGCUAAACCAGAGUGCUAUGUCUACAAUGCCGAGCGUAAUAUUGAGGCACUGCUGAAAGAAAAUUAUUUCCCCUUCAAUCCUACGGAGGAAUCUGGUCUACCAAAUUUUAUUUGUGAGAAAUGUGUAGACACUUUAGUUCGAUGGCAUCGCUUUCGGGAAGUUUUCGCUGUUACUACUAAUCUGCUUCUUAAAGUGAAAGAACAAAUAAAUUCAGAGCUUAUGGCAAUUGAUGAAAAUUCUUUACUUGAAGGGUCUUGUACCGACAAUGAUAAGAUUCUGAAAAGUGCGUUUGAGGAAACAGCAACUGAAACAGAAUGCCAUUAUGAGAUAGAAUUUCUUCAAGCGUUACCAGCAGAUGCUACUAUCGAUAAUGUUACUAUUGUAAAGGAGAGCAAUGAUUCACAGGAUUAUGAUAAAAUCGAAAGUGAACCUGGUUAUCUCGAAGAGAAUGAUGAUGAAAUUCAGUGCUCGAGCAAUUCAGCCACAGACAAUGAUGACAGGACGCAAUCGAUGAUAAAAACAGCAAAACGUAAAAACCAAAUAGAAUCACUGAACAAAUGUAUUGAUGACAAUCCCGAGUGUAGAAUACUUAAAACUAAGCGCGAUUUUAAUCAAUGUCCUGUAUGUGGUAUAAUUGUAAAAAGCAAAAUGAAACACCACUUGAUGCGACAUGCAGUUCCCGGAGGUCGCCCUUUCAAGUGUCCUGAAUGCGACAGGGCAUAUUCGUUUAAACGUAGCUUAUCCGAUCACAUUCGGCAAGUACACGAAAACAUUCGCCAUAUGUGCGAAAUUUGUGAAAGGGAAUUCGUCAGCCGAGACGUCUUACGAAUUCACAGAAAGCUGCAUUUGGAUGAAUCUUACCGAUGCGACAUUUGCGCUCAGACAUUUCAACAGCGGGUAUAUCUUCGGAAGCAUAUGGCUAUGCAUGAAGUAAAGCGGUUUAGCUGUGGUGAAUGUGGAAAAAAUUUCCGUUAUAAAGAACUGCUGAAACAACACAUGCGAAUUCAUACCGGAGAAAAACCAUUUGCAUGCACCUUAUGUCACAAAAAGUUCCGGACGUCCAGCCAUCUCAAGCAGCACCAUCGGACGCACACGAAGGUGAAACUGUUCAAGUGUAAACGUUGCCCCGCGGUAGAGUAUGCUUGCAAGAAAUCCUUGGAUCGGCACAAUUCAUUAGAACAUCCUACGACAAAAGAUGCGCGGUAAGUGUUUUUUUUAUCUGAUUCGUUGCUCGUUUCAAAAGUGUGAACAUCAUCCUGUAAGUGCUGAUGAAACAAGCAACAUUUUCAAUAAUAAAAUAUUACCUUCAAAGACACUCCAUCAG